AUGGUCGAUCCAUUUGAGGUGCGCAUGCGCUUCACGCAGCAGCUUCAACACCUCAGCGCAUCUGUGACCUCGUCUCAGAAAGCCGCUCAAUAUGCGCUCAAACAUCGCGACUGGGACGAAGACCUCCAUUCAUGUAUCCUGGAGCAAUUGGAGCGGAACAACAUGAACAAUCGGGCAAACAUAAUGUCCUUUAUCGAACAGUUCUGCGACAUGGCUACGAAAGAAAACCACUUGCCCUAUGUCCGCAUGAUGCAGCGCGAUAUUCUCCGUGUCGUGGAUGCGGUCGUCCCACCCGACGGAUCCGGUGCAGCCAACGUCAAGCACGUGCGCCAUGUACUCGAAACUUUGCGAGCCAGAGGGAUGUUAUCCGCCGAGAGUGUGGCUGAGAUUGACGCAGCGCUCAAAGAUCGGGAUGCCAACGGCGAACAUUAUGACCUUGAGGAUGAGGAAAAAGCGAGAGGGGGAAACGGCACUUUGUCGCGGAGUGGAAGCCCUCGGCACGUCCGGCCACCCGACAUGCGCUUGGACAAAAGACAAAUCGAGCAACGAAUCGAAGAAGACCGCGAGCGAAACAAACGUCUCCGGGAGAGCAUGUGGACCGUUGGUGGUGGUGAAAAAGACGAGUUGCAGAAGACCAAGGACGAUCUCAGCGACCUUGAUUCAGACGACUUUGACAACACUGAAGAAGAAAAGUCCGAACGAGAUCACGCAUCCGCUGGCAUGCGCGGUGAUCUCUGA